UGAAAAUUAAAUUGGUGAUGAAGGUGCAUCAAGCUUAGGUUCUGCUUUAGCAAAGUGCAUUAAUCUCUCAAAUUUGACACUUUUCCUUAGUGAAAAUUAAAUUGGUGAUGAAGGUGUAUCAAGCUUAGGUUCUGCUUUAGCAAAGUGCAUUAAUCUCUCAAAUUUGACACUUGACCUUUCUUACAAUGAAAUUGGUGAUGAAGGUGCAUCAGGCUUAGGUUCUGCUUUAGCAAAGUGCAUUAAUCUCUCAAAAUUGACACUUAGCCUUAGUGAAAAUUAAAUUGGUGAUGAAGGUGUAUCAAGCUUAGGUUCUGCUUUAGCAAAGUGCAUUAAUCUCUCAAAAUUGACACUUAGCCUUAGCAGAAAAUAUAAGGGUGAUAAAGAUGAAUCAGAUUUAGGCUCUGCUUUAGUAAAUUGCACUAAUCUCUCAAAUUUGAAAAUUAAUCUUCAAUACAAUAAAAUUAGUACAAUUGGUGCAUAAGGCUUAGGUUUUGCUUUGGCAAGUUGCACUAAUCUUUCAAACUUGUCGCUUAAUCUUAGGGGGAAUUAAAUUAGUGCGAUUGCUGCAUUAGACUUAGGUAUGGCAUUAGUAAAUUGUACUAAUCUCUCAAUUUUGAAACUUAAUCUAGAAUACAAUUUCAUUCUUGAUGAAGGCGCAUCAGGCUUAAGUUCGGCUUUAGCAAAUUGUGCUAAUCUCUCAAAUUUGAAACUUAAUCUAAACAAAAAUUAAAUUAGUGAUGGAGGUGCAUAAGGCUUAAGUUUUGCUUUAGAAAAUUGUGCUAAUCUCUCAAAUUUGAUACUUAAGUUAAGUGACAAUGAAAUUGGUACAAUUGGUGUAUCAGGUUUAGGUUCUGGUUUAGCAAAUUGCGUUAAUCUCUCAAAUUUGACACUUGAUCUAAGUAAUAAUAAAAUUGAUGAUGAAGGUGCAUCAAGCUUAAGUUCUGGUUUAUCAAAUUCCGCUAACCUGUAAAAAUUGAUACUUACUCUUGGAUAAAAUGAAAUUGGUAAUGAAGGUGCAUCAGGCUUAGGUUUUGCUUUAGUAAAUUGCACUAAUCUCUCAAAUCUGACGCUUAAUCUUAAUAUCAAUUUAAUUGGCGACGUAGGUGCAUCAGGUUUAGGUUCUGCUUUAGUAAAUUGCACUAAUCUCUCAAAUUUGACACUUAAUCUUGGUGCCAAUUAAAUUGAUGAAACUAGCGUAUCAGGUUUAGGUAGAGCUUUAGCAGAUUGCACUAAUCUCACAAAUCUUACACUUAAUCUUGACUUCAAUUAAAUUGGUAAUAUUGGAGCAUCAGACUUAGGUAGAACUUUAUCAAAUUGCACUAAUCUAUAAAAUUUAACACUUAUUGUUGGCGGAAAUUAAAUUGGCGAUGAAGGUGCUUAGGGCUUAGGCUCUGCUUUAGUUAAUUGCACUAAUCUCUCAAAUUUGAUAUUUAGUCUUGGGUACAAUCAAAUAGGUGCAAUUGGUGCAUUAGGUUUAGGUUCUGCUUUAAAAAACUGCACUAAUCUCUCAAAUUUGACACUUAAUCUUUUCAGAAAUUAUAUUGGCACAAUUGGUGCAUCAGCUUUAGGUUCAGCUAUAUAAAGUUGCAAUUAACUUUCAAAUUUGACACUUAAUCUUGGGUACAAUGAAAUUGGUGCAAUAGGUGCAUAAAGCUUAGGUUCUGCUUUACUAAAUUGUCCUAACCUUUCAAAUUUAGUACUUAAUCUUAUUGGUAACGAAAUCAAUGAAUCAUAGUUAUUGAAAGUUGAAAGUAAAUGUUUAAAAUCAAAAAGAUUAGUUGUCUUUGAAAGAUAUUUCUAAUGA